AAAUUUAUUCCGUGCGUGUUAAAUACAUUUGCAUAAGAACACUCCAAUAAGGCUACUCAUUAAUACCUAAACAAUAUCUAUAGGAAAUUAUUUUACAUAUAAUAAUCAGCGGAUUAGUGCAUCAUCGCCGGUGGAAGAGAAAAGACUUAUCAGGACAGAAUGGGCAAUUCCAAAGGACCUCCGACUUCCAUACCGGAAUACUUCGCAGGACAGUCGAUAUUCAUCACCGGUGGAACAGGACUGAUGGGAAAAUUGCUCCUUGAAAAAAUUCUCAGGUGCUGCCCAGACAUCAGGACAAUAUACCUGUUGAUUAGGCCUAAGAAAUUUGGGACUAUACAGCAGAGAUGGGAAGAAAUCAUGACAUUACCGCUGUUUGAUAUCCUUAGGGAAACUAACCGAGACUCAUUUAGCAAAGUACAUCUCGUUCGAGGAGAUAUAGCAGAGGAAAACCUCGGGAUAUCACAACAAGACACAGAGAUGCUAAUAGAAAACGUGACGAUAAUCUACCACGCUGCUGCGAUGAUACAGUUCACAGACAACCUAUACGAACUUUUAAUCCAAAACACCAGAGCUACGUAUCAACUUCUUGGCAUUGCCAAACGGAUGGUUAACCUACAGUUAUUCCUCUACGUGUCGACCGCCUACAGCAAUAUGAACAUCCCGUGCGAUGAAGCAGAAGAGAGGGUUAUUCCUUCUUGUCAAGAUUGGAGGGUUAUCUUGCAGGUGCUGGAAAAGGAACCUACAACAUUGGGAUCAUUGAAAGAAAUGUUGAUGUGUGGACACCCUAAUAGUUACACGUGGAGCAAAUCGAUGUCUGAGCAGAUAGUCGAUGAACAUAAGAACCUAUUUCCCACAGUUAUCAUCAGACCAGCGAUAGUGGGGGCGACCUACAGGGAACCCUUCCAGGGCUGGGCAGACAUCCUGUGCGGCCUCAGUGCAAUAUCCGUCCCGGUCGGCCUGGGCCUGAUGCGGGUCGCCUACACCCGGGACGAGUGCUACCAGGACUACAUCCCCGCCGACAUCGCCAUCAGCGCCAUUCUGGUCGCUACCUGGAGGAAGUAUCUCGAACCUAGAAAAGGAGAGACAGACGUUUACAAUGUCGGCAUUUCUAAGCAACUUCCAAUCAAGACGUAUCAUUUAAAGAAAUACAGCGAAGAAGUUACGAGAGAAUAUGCCUCCCAGAAUACAAUAUGGCCGAUGCACUUUCUCUUCACCACCAACGAAAACCUCUAUUACCUUCUGUUUAUCAUGUUUCAAGUUAUUCCAGCAGGAAUAAUGGAUUCAUUGCUUUAUUUAACUGGCCACAAACCAAUGCUUAUGCAUUUGACGAAGAAGAUGUCAAACGUAUUAAGGAUGUUCAAAAGAUUCAGUUCCAACCAGAUAGAGUUUCCCAACGAUAAUUUUCUACAACUAGAGAAGUACGUAAGUGAAAAGGAUAAGGUGUUCUCGAUGAGCAUCGAAGGUUUGACCGAACUCUUGUUCAUGAGGUUCGGGAUGAGGGCGGUACUUAAAUACUACUUCAAGGAGGACAUCAGCGAGGACAAACUCAAUAGGAACAGGAGGCGUAUAUUUUGGUUGAAGAUUUUUGACAAAUGCCUUAUUUACACAUUCUACAUACUUGGAUGUUGGCUCAUAUUGCGCUUAUUAUCUUCGAUUGAAGUUGUGAGGUCCGUAAGCUACAUAACCUACAAAGCAUUCUGGGGUUGUAGCCUGUAACCAUGGAAUCAAAUGCUGUAAAAUGGAGUCCCGAAAAUGAUGAACUCUCCGUAACAGAAAACCAACUCAGGAAAUUAAUAUAAAAUAAUACAUGGAUCAUUAAUAACAUUAUUAUGUAAAUAUAAAGAGAGAUUAUAUAUUCAUUAUUGCAAAUAUAUGCUUAUCGAAUUAUUUAAUUUGUUAUUAAGUGACAUUAGCACAUAAAACAAAUAAAGAUCUUUUCUCUUCUAUUUCAUUUUAAUAGAAUUCCAACUAGUAAUUAUUAUUUUU